CGCGGCAGCACCGGCCUCGGCCCCAGGGCCCCGGUGGGCCCGGCGGGUGCCCCCUCGCUGCCGGAGCUCCGGGCCGGGAUCUCCGCGGCGCGCAGGGCCCGGUGCCCCGCCGGGGUUCUCCCCGAACCCCCGUGUUCAGCGGUGCCCGGGGCCCGGACCCUCCGCGGGGCAGCGCUGGGCCCGCCCCGGAGCAGGUCGGGCGCUGGGUCCGGUCGCAGAGCGUUGGCAAAGCGUUAGCUGCUGCUGCGGGCCUUUUGGUUUUCCUUUUUUCCUCUUGGGAAUUGCUUGUUACUUUUAAACCACAUCGUAGCUAUUUCAUUUUAUUUUUACGCUUCAGUGCUACCCCGGUUAGCCCACUGAAAGGGCAUUUCCAAACCAGGAAAACGCUCAGGCACUAUUACAGUAUUACAGUAUUACCCAACUGGUUCUAUCAGUUUUUUUUUUUUCCCCUUUGGACUUUAUGAGGAUUCCAACAGCAAGAUCUCCGUGACCUGGUGUCUGGGUAGCUCUUGAGGAUGGCGAGCAAAGGACCCACGGCUUCUGCAUCAACAAAGAACUCCAGUACUGGAGGGACCAGUGGCAGCAGUAGCAGUAACGGUGCUGGGGACAAUACUAAUCAGGACAAUACUUUUGAAUGUAACAUCUGUUUAGACACUGCCAAGGAUGCAGUUAUCAGCUUGUGUGGACAUCUCUUUUGUUGGCCUUGUUUACACCAGUGGCUAGAAACCAGGCCAAACAGACAAGUGUGUCCUGUAUGCAAAGCAGGAAUCAGUCGAGAUAAAGUUAUUCCUCUGUAUGGAAGAGGUAGCACUGGGCAACAGGACCCCAGAGAGAAGACUCCACCACGACCCCAAGGGCAGAGACCUGAACCAGAGAACAGAGGGGGAUUCCAGGGCUUUGGGUUUGGCGAUGGUGGCUUCCAGAUGUCAUUUGGAAUUGGGGCGUUUCCCUUUGGUAUAUUUGCAACAGCAUUCAACAUAAACGACGGGCGACCUCCUCCAGCUGCUCCAGGGACUCCUCAAUAUGUGGAUGAGCAGUUCCUAUCCCGCCUCUUCCUGUUUGUGGCUCUGGUGAUAAUGUUCUGGCUGUUGAUUGCAUAAAUCUUUUCCAUUAUUCUGUAUAUUCCUGGCCAACAAGGCCACAGAAACAGUUACAAACUGCAUCCCUAUCCCAUUUUAAGCCUCUUGGUGUCUGGUUCCGUAGCUAACUAUGGGCUUCAGGAAUUGGUGGUACCACAGCACAAUGAGGAAUCUUGCAUUUUGCACCAGAGUUGGAAAUUAAACAUUGGUUAAAAAGCGUGUUUCAGCUCAGCCGUCUUGUACAGCAGGUUCCUGCCACAAAGCACGAGCCUGCCUCUGAGCUCUGCUCCUAAAAGGAGCGCUGCUUCGAAAUCCUGUGCCAAUUGGUGUUACUGGGUUUACGUGCAAGACUGUUGCCCCAAGGUAGACUGGGCAGGUAAGGAAACUUCUGCGGCGUGAUCAAUAUCUCGUGCUCGGCAAUCACAACGGACCUGCAAGAGCUGCAGAUGUUAUUUAAAGUCUUCACAUCAACAUCCAGCCUUCUUCAGGAGAUCGUCUGCAGCACUGCGGAGACUCUUCGGGCACAGCACAUGAUGCAGAUGGAACCAGGUUUGGAGGCUGGUUUCUUUUCCUGCUGUUAUUUGCCAGCGUGAUGGAAAACCCCUCCUGAAGUGGCUCUAGUGGCUGUUAGAAGAACGGAUACAAAUUUAUGCUGCAGUUUUUUAGAGCCUGAAUUUGCUGGAGCCAGACACUGGAAGAUUCUCCUGUUGUGGAGCCAGGUGGGGCUGCCGAACAGUCGGACGCAGCUGUCUGCCUCACCCAGCCCCGUUCCUCACUGACAAAACAGUGUUGUCUUCUGUGGUUCUGCGCAGCAGCCUGGGGCUGCACUCUUGGAUAACCCUCUCACAACGUUGUCGCUGCAUUUACUCUUCCCAAGGCUUUGAGACUUUCUGUGCGAGGUCAUGUACUCCGAAUAAAAUUCUAUUACCGAUCUGAGAUCAGCUUGUUUGGGGAGAGGAAAAAAAGGCAUCUUUACGUGAGUUUUGAGGUUAAACUUGUCAUACUGUAAAAUUAUACAGGAGGAAAAAUGAGAUCCUGCCAUUGCUGGCACAUGUCACACGUUUGGAACGUUUGGAAGAGCUGCUCUCUCCAGGUGCAUCCGGCUACUCCGUAGAACGGCGCAGAACUGCCAUAGUGCAAGAGUCUCUGCAGUAUCUACCAAAGAUAUUAAUUUGAAGUGCUGGAGGAGACCACAACCAUUUAUGUGCUGAGGGGAAAAUAUUUCAGAAGGUGAGCACUCUGUAGCUGUUUUGGAAUCCUGUUGGGUAUACAGCUUUAAAGAGUAUUCCUGAUGUGUUUGUAUAGAUUCCUUCAGAACAGCAGAUACAAGAGAUUCCCUAGCAAGGUGAACAGGUUUCAUAUUUCUCUCACUAGGUGAUUCCAUUUUUGUUUAUCUUAUUGGUUUUAGAUUAUUUUGAUUCAGAUAGCUGAUAGUCAUAAUGAUUUCCUGCAAGAUGAAUAUUGUGACUUCCUUGGCAAUAGACAGACAAUUGACAAAAUAAAUCAACUCAUAGAAACUUUGUUUCAAUAGCUGGGGUUUUUCUAUUGUAUGGAUGAGGUUCCUGGGCGAGGACACCUUAAUUAGUUGUAAUUAUACAUUUUUUUUAUGUAACUAUAAACUGUUCACUUUUAGUAUCAAGACGGAGGAUGACUGAAGUUUAACUUGCCUACCUCUGAAAUUCCAUCUGGCAAGUAGAAUGUUGCAAAGCUUCUGCAGUGUUUUGCCACAUCUGGUCAAAUUAUAACUGACUCGAUGAUAAUCUGUCGGAAUGUAUUGCUCACCUACACAUAGUUGAAGUGGUGCUUCAACUUUUGCCGUGUGGCACUUUUGAGAAGUUUAACUCCUUCUGCUCUUGGUUCUUCUCAAGUGCAUGGCGUGGUGAUUCGGACCCUUUGUAGGAGAAAGGCUGUUUAUCGCAUUGUGCUGAGGGGGCUGCAGUACAAAGGUGCAGCUUUGACUUCCUUUCGUGAGCAGGCAGCACCACCUGCUGGUGAGAAGGAAAAGUUCAUGUGAUUCUAAAAGGGGUGGUUUUCCUUUUCCUGUGUCUAUUGAUAAACUCGAUGCUAAGAGCAGAGGUCACCCAGAGAGGAGCAGAGUAUCCCUUCAAAGCCUUUUUCCGAUAAAGAGGAGAGAAAAGUGACUGUAAUAGGUUCAAGAGGUAUUGAAACUGAUUAACAUUUAUGUUAUACAGAAUUCUAAUAGCUUGGCUUUUUGUUUUCCACCUAUUGGUGAGAGACAUAAUGGAUUUAGACAAAGGUGGCUGCAGAAACAUGACAGAGAGCCCUUAUUUUCUGGCAAUCCAAGAAUGAAAUAGUCUAAAAGUGUUAACGCUUCUGUUCCUACCCUUUUCUCGGUGUGCUUUUUGUAUCGUACCACUUCCCUCCUUGUACUCAAAUUGCACACAGCCCAUAAUGGCUUGUUUAGUGCAUUACCGUUACCGUUCACUAAUUUUCACUGUUGUGAAAGUGAUUUAGAAUUAAAAAAAUGGUUUUACAUUGA